GAGAAGGAGGAGGAAAAGGGGAGGGCCCAGUGGGGAGGGAGAGGUCAGGUUGGUGCUGCUGCUGCUGCUGCCGGUCCUCUUCCCUCCUUCUUGAGGAGCUCCAUCCAUCCUUCCGAGGCAGACCUGCCUGACCACCCGCCGGAGGAGGAGGAGGAGGAGGAGGUGGGAGGAGAGGCACUCCAGCCGGGACCCACCUCCGCAGCCCUGCCGGCUCCUUCCACCUGCUCUCUCCGCGGGGCAGAGUCCCUCUCCUCCUCCUCCUCCUCCUCCUCCUCCUCCUCCUCCCCUUUGAAGCCAUGCCGGGGCUGCGCCGCGACCGCCUGCUGCUGCUGCUCCUCCUGGGACUGCUGCUCUGCGCCGACCUCUACUUCCACCUCUGGCCGCAAGUGCGGCGCCGAUUAGCCCCGGAGCCCGAGGGGGAGACCCGCUGCUCUUGCCCAGGAAAAGGAAAAAGAGAAGGAGGAGAGGGUAGCGUUUCUACGGCUACUUCUUCUUCGCCCGCAGCCUCGCAAGCGCCGCCGCCGCUGCCAGAUGGGACGGAGGAGCCCCGGCAUUCGCGCUCCAAGCUGCGCCGCCUCUUCGCGCACCCGCUCUACAGCGGCCCCCAGUGGCCGGCCGAGGAACUGCUCAGCGGGCAGGAGGCGCUGCGCUACUACAGGAGGAAGGUGGCCCGCUGGAACAGGAGACACAAGGUGUACCGAGAAGAGCGCAACCUCACCUUGGACUCCAUGAUUCAACUGAGACAGGAGGCAAGUUGGCUCCAGUUCCACCUCGGCAUUAAUCGCCAGGCCCUGUAUCCACGGGACAGCCCAGCUAUUGACCAACUUUUGGAGGAAGUACAAGUUUUGAACACCGUCAGUGCUGAUUACAGCCAGGAUGAAAAAGCAUUGCUAGGCGUCUGUGACUGCACACAAAUUGUCAAGCCCAGUGGUGUACAUCUGAAACUUGUUCUUCGGUUCCAGGACUUUGGGAAAGCCAUGUUCAAACCUAUGAGACAGAAACGUGAUGAGGAGACUCCAGAAGAUUUUUUCUAUUUUGUUGACUUUCAAAGACACAAUGCAGAAAUUGCUGCCUUCCACCUUGACAGGAUUCUAGAUUUCCGUCGUGUUCCUCCAGUGGUUGGGAGAGUAAUCAACAUUACUAAGGAGAUUUUAGAGAUCACCAAGAAUGAAAUCCUCCAGAGUGUCUUUUUUAUUUCACCAGCCAGCAAUGUCUGUUUCUUUGCCAAGUGCCCUUACAUGUGCAAGACGGAAUAUGCUGUGUGUGGGAACCCUCACCUGCUGGAAGGAUCCCUCUCUGUUUUCCUGCCUUCCCUCAAUUUGGCACCCCGACUCUCCAUCCCCAACCCAUGGAUACGAUCCUACACUUUUGCUGGAAAAGAGGAGUGGGAAGUGAAUCCCCUUUAUUGCAAUACAGUGAAGGAGAUUUAUCCUUACAGCAGUGGCAACCGGCUACUCAAUAUCAUUGACAUGGCAAUCUUUGACUUUUUAAUAGGCAAUAUGGACCGUCAUCAUUAUGAGAUGUUCACCAAGUUUGGAGAUGAUGGCUUUUUGCUCCACUUGGACAAUGCAAGAGGAUUUGGGAGGCACUCCCAUGAUGAGAUCUCCAUCUUGGCUCCGCUGGAACAGUGUUGCAUAAUAAAGAAGACGACAUUAUUACGGCUGCAGCUCUUAGCUCAGCCAGAGUACAAGCUCAGUGAUAUCAUGCGGGAGUCCCUGAUGCGGGACCGCCUGACACCAGUACUCACAGAGCCACACCUUUUGGCACUGGACAGGAGGUUACACAUCAUCUUGAAGACAGUGGAGAAAUGCAUAGAGGCCAAUGGAGAAGACAUUGUUGUGGUUGACACGAGACCUCUGGAGAUGCCUGUCUUUGACAGAGUGACACAGCCAAGCUAGAACCUGCUGGAAAUUAGAAUCUAAACUUUCAAUGAGAUGCUCUUUUAUCCUGGACAAUUGGGAGAAAUGGGGGAGACCUCUAGAAGGUCACAAGUGUCUAAGUUGGAGGCUGGUUAGGUGGUCGCAAUGGUACAAUUGGUCAGAUUUCAUUUGUAUAUCUUGGAACCUUGCUCGCUCCCAUUCCAGGGACCUUGGUGCAUCUUCUCCAAAAGAUGUGAAAGCACUUUCUAGCUGAAAGACCAUGUACUUUUGGAUAUUGGGUGCAUCUUGUCCAAAAGAUGUGACAGCACACUUUAGCUGAAGAUGGUGCGCUUUUGGUGAUGGGUACAUUUCAUGAGAUCUUUCUAAGCAUUUGCAGUCUCAGAGGUGUAUGAUUAGAAGUUAAGUGGUGGCUUGAAUAAAAAGGACCAAUGGAAGGAA